AACCGUCGAAGAAUGUUCUUCACAAGAUGGGGCAGGGAGUGAUUCAUUUUUCUUGAUGCUAAAAGACGUGAUUGAGAGCCGCGUGGCGCCUUCAGGGGCCGCAUGUUCUCCUGUGCUUGUCUACUUCGGGCGAUUGGUGGAAGGAAAAGAUUUUCGUUGCCAUUGACUUGUUGUUCGAAAAUAGAAUCUUGAUUCAUGAUGGACUCACCGACGUUUGCCUGAAUUGGCACAGGGAUGUGCUAGUUGGUUCGCUCAUCAAGCGUCCAUUCUAGAUCGGAGCUUGUGUUGACAUCUGUGGCAUAGAGUUUGUUCAAGAUGCUAGCUUGUAGAAUCGAAUGAAGAAGUUCACAUGAAUGCUCGUGCUGGUUCUUGUGAAAUCUCGACAUUCGAAGAGUAUCAUGUCGCGAUCUCGAUUCUUUUCGCCAUGUGUGUCGCAGUCCGCUGAGCAUCUGAUUGCGAUUACGAGACGGAAUCCAGGAUUGAAACUGAUGACCUCAACCAUUGCGCCUUGACAUGUUGCACGUUCUCCACGAUGAGACCUCAAAUGGUCAACUGACGUGCUCAACAACAAGAAAGCAACCCACACAGCAGGUCUAGAACCGAAUAUGCGGGAGGAAUCCCCUGGGCAAUGUAAAUGAUCCACAGCGGAGUAGCCCGCGAUCCGUCCAUUCAACACGAUGCAAAACAACCACGCAAGCAAGAAAGUGAAAACUCACGAUAGGGCGGGUAACUCUCACGCAACAACCGUCGGUCAACGAAUGGCACAAAACAGCCUCAAAUCCAAUCUCCGCUUUAAUGUAACACCACCUAACCAGCUUCACGCCCUUCACGCCACUCACAACAGUCCCGUGAGCGCACGCCUACCACUCAAUCCUGCCACACUCCUCCAUGGAGCAUAA